UAAUUUUCAUGAAAUCAAUGUGAGAAUCCAAAGUUACAUUUUCUUUACAUUGACCCCUUAUCAAUGCCUAUUGCCCUCAGGCAAUGCAGCUUCAGAUGAAAGAGUCCACUGAAAAUCCGUGAAGCUUUGUGAUGCCAUUAUAAUUUUUCUUCAGGUUUCCGCUGACUUAGAAUAUGGGUAAUUCAAAUUCUAAUAAACGUGACCGUGCCUAUUCAACCGAUUCAGAAUGUCCAGCUUCGCCAUGCAAAGAUGACAAAAUCUUUGACUUUGGUUUUGGAAAUAGAAAAGGAAGAUUUCUUUAUCAACCAUCACUUGAAGAAUGUGAUGAUAUACCUGGAGUUUUAAAAGAUAAAAGUAAUGGCAUGAGACCACGUUCUUCGACUGUCAGCACAACAUCAUCUGAAGCUACCCAGUUUCCUACUGUGUUCAAAUGGGAGGGAGGUGGUAAAGAGGUUUAUGUCAGUGGUACAUUUUCUGAAUGGAAACCUAUUCCUAUGGUUGAGAGUCAUGGGGACUUUGCUUUGAUUUUGGAUGUCCCAGAAGGUGAACACCAGUACAAAUUUCUUGUUGAUGGUCAAUGGGUACAUGCACCCACUCAGCCCACUGUAGACAAUGACUUGGGAACAAAGAACAAUGUACUGAAUGUUAAGAAGUCAGAUUUUGAAGUUUUUGAAGCUUUGGCAUUAGACAGUACCAGUUCAAGCAGUGGAAGCUCUGGAAACUGUAACACAUCUCCUGAGCCUUAUUCUCAAGAAAUUCCUCCGCGCCGACCUUAUGAUAAAUCUAUUGGCCCUCCAGUAUUACCACCUCACUUACUCGAAGUUAUUUUAAAUAAAGAUGUUGGUCUAAAUAAUGAGCCUAUCCUACUUCCUGAGCCGAAUCAUGUCAUGUUGAAUCAUCUUUAUGCAUUAUCAAUCAAGGAUGGCGUCAUGAUCUUAAGUGCAACUCUCCGAUAUAAAAAGAAAUAUGUUACAACCCUGUUGUAUAAACCAAUAUAAAAGUGCCUUUUAUACAUAUAAAUUUAACUUUUUAGUUCUGAAUAUGGUUGAAUAUAAUACAUUUACUUUUUUGCGUAGAUAAUUGUUAUUGUUAUUUUCAUAUUGACAAAGAUUCCGGAUUUAGUUGAAAUUUCAAGCAUUGAAGUUAAAAUGCAUAAAUUAAAUAUUUUGUUAAUUAGCUUUGAUCAGUGUUUAUAUCAUAUAAUGUUGUAAUAAGAUAAAAAUGUCGGACUGUAGAGCAUAAAAAGUUAUCAAUUGUCAAAUAUGUUAUAUUUUUUUAGUUUUUGUUGUAGUACAGCUUUUUGUAUAAAAUGCACAAAGAUAUG